UUGUUAGUCCGUUUUUCCUUUUCAAAAAGGUAUUGGGCUUCUUCGUCGAACUAGGCAAAAACCUUUAUACGUCAUUAUCACAUCAACUUUUUACACUUUUCUACCUCAUAUAACAUACCAUCAUUUUAUAAAUCCAUCCAAACUUUUCCACCCAUCCUAUUUUUCUAUCUCCUACAUUACUUUAAUGCUUCUCUUGCAUUUUCCAAAACCAAACAUUAUUUUCUUUUUUUUGUACUUCUUCCUUAUUUUUUACACAAUUUCCUUCAUUUUUUUUUCAAAGUGAAGUAACAAUUAAACAAAAGUACAGGGAGUAUAUACAUACAUGUUUUUUUUUUGAAACUUGGCUUGUGUGAGGAUUUUUUUUUUUGGCCUCCAAUUGGGGAUCCCUUGAUAAGAAGGACUCUAUUGGACCAACGUCUAUCGUAGGUUAGCCAGUUCAGCUACACAGGUCAACACUUGAGAGUAAGGAAAAAUAAGGAAUCCCUACUCCAAAACACUAGUAGGUAGUGAGGUUCGAACUUGUGACUUCAAAGUCACAAGUUGAGUUCCCCACCACCUCCACCAAACAAGCUUGGUUUGGGUGAGGGCACUACUACUAGGAUAUUGUCCACCCGGCUAGUUUCUGGCUUUGAGCCUAGGCAAAAGAUAUUGUCAACCCAGAUGGAGCCUAGGCAAAUAAAGGGUGGGCGCCGGGCGGUAGGGUAAGGGUCACCAGUCACUAAGAAAAUCCCACCCCUAAAGUUUCUCUUAUUAUAACUUGCUGCGUUGUUUUCGUUGUACCUUUGAUGACUCUCUUUGGGAAAGCAUCUUAGUUUCCUUAAAUGAUAAGGUGUUAACAUAAUUUAGGUGAUAACAUAUUUUAGUAGCAUUUGGGGGAGUAGUUAAAAUAAAAUUUCAAGUGGUUAUAAUGACUUAAAUGAUAAAUUAAAAUUUUACCUUUUUCAAAUCAGGUGGCUAAAGUUUUAGAUGUGGAGUAUUUUUUUUUUUUUUUUAUUUUCAUACCCAGGAAUUGCCCUUUAGAGUGAACCUAUUUAGCUUGAUUGGGAGGUCUAUAGAAAUGUAGAAACGGAAGAGAGAAGACCGAGAAAGAACAACGAGAGAGAUGAAGCUACACAUGUAUAGAUAAGCAAUUGACCAUUAACUAUCAGUAGACAACAAUUAUGCUAUACAUAAAAUGAUACAUAUGUUUCUCUAUUUAUCAACAGACAGCAACAUACAACAACAAUUAUCGGAGAAAAUCGAUGGAAGCCGGAAUAGGAAGUAGCAGAACAAGUAGAACUUCAAGAAAUUCUAGCUUAAGAUCACUCUCCUUAAGAGAUCAAUUUCCGGAAGACUGUCCACCUACAGCACACACUAUUGGCCAUGAUUCGUGGCAGCAGGCGGGAGUGUUGCUCGCAACUAGCUUCAAUUGUGGAUGGAUAUUUAGCUUCUCAAACCUUCUGUUGGUGCCUCUAGGCUGGGGAUGGGGUAUUCCAACUUUAGUUAUUGUAGGUGCCUUUAGUUGUUAUGCGAAUUACGUAUUGGCAGAAUUUCACUACAUCGGAGGACAUAGAUUCAUCAGAUACAGAGACAUCAUGGGACAUCUAUUUGGGAAGGGAAUGUACUACCUCACGUGGUUUCUACAAUUUUCAACCUUUAUUCUGACAAAUAUGGGUUUCAUCCUCCUUGGAGGGAGAGCAUUGAAGGAGAUAAAUCAAGCGUUUAGCGAUACACCCCUGAGGCUCCAAUAUUUCAUCAUCAUCACAGGAGUAAUAUAUUUUAUAUUUGCUUACAUCAUUCCCAACCUAUCUGCCAUGAGAAUGUGGUUAGGAGUGUCUAUGAUUCUCACAUUCAGUUUCAUUGGAGUCUUUCUUGCGGCAUUAGUGAUUGAUGGUAAAACUCACAAACAUACACAUAGAAACUAUGAAGUCAGCGGGAGACAAUUACAUAAGGUGUUCAAUGGCCUUAGUGCAUUAUCAGCUGCCAUUGCAAGCAAUAAUUCUGGCAUGUUGCCAGAAAUACAGUCAACUCUCCAGGAGCCUGUAGUCAAGAACAUGAGAAGAGCCCUAUAUGUACAAUUUACUGUGGGCAUAAUGUUUUAUUAUGGUGUUAGUGUAGCGGGCUACUUGGUUUACGGUUCAGAAGUAUCAGAGUACCUCCCUAACAACCUAAGCGGUCCAAAAUGGGCAGUGGUCUUCAUCAACGCAGCAGUCUUUCUGCAAAAUGUUAUCUCCCAACAUAUGUUUGUGCAACCAGUACAUGAGGCUCUAGAUACUAGGUUCUUAAACUUUCAAGAGAGUUUAUACUCGAAAGGAAAUUUAAUACGACGACUCUUCCUACGAGCAUCCCUCUUUACAGUAAAUAGUUUCGUGACAGCAGCCAUACCUUUUAUGGGAGACUUCAUCAACCUGUUGGGGUCAUUCACACUUGUUGCAUUAACGUUUAUUUUUCCAAGCAUGAUCUUCCUCAAGAUAAAAGGGAACACAGUCAAGGUUGGCGAGAAAGCAUGGCAUUGUGCCAUCAUUAUUGUUCUUUCUAUCAUUGCAGUGGUAACUACAGCCUCCGCAUUCAGAUUAAUUGUCGAUAAUAUUGCAGACUACCGUAUAUUUUCCAAUGAAUGA